UCCUCCUCAUCGCGCCGCCACACCCUCACUCCAAACCCUCCUCCUCCUCCUCCUCACCGCGCCGCCAGAUCCCCUCCCUCCGCCGCGCAGCCUCCAGCCAUGUCGUCGAUGAUGCAACCGCAGAUCAUCCUCCUCAAGGAGGGCACGGACACGUCGCAGGGCCGCGGCCAGAUGCUCAGCAACAUCAGCGCCUGCACGGCCGUGGCCGACACGGUGCGGACCACGCUCGGCCCCCGCGGGAUGGACAAGCUCAUCCACGACGACAAGGGCACCACCAUCUCCAACGACGGCGCCACCAUCAUGCGCCUGCUCGACAUCAUACACCCCGCCGCCAAGGUCCUCGUCGACAUCGCAAAGUCACAGGACUCAGAGGUUGGCGAUGGGACAACUACUGUGGUGCUUCUUGCUUCGGAAUUCAUGAAGGAAGCAAAACCUUAUGUUGAGGAUGGAGUGCACCCACAUAGUCUAAUCCGCAGUUAUAGGAUGGCCGGCAACAUGGCGAUUCAAAGGGUUAAGGAACUGGCAGUCAGCAUAGAGGGGAAAAGCCUGGAAGAGAAGAAGUCGUUGUUAGCCAAGUGUGCUGCCACAACACUCUCGUCUAAACUGAUAGGUGGGGAGAAAGAAUUCUUUGCUUCUAUGGUAGUGGAUGCUGUCCUUGCCAUCGGACAUGAUGAUAGGCUUAACCUUAUUGGAAUUAAGAAGGUUCCUGGAGGUACCAUGAGAGAUUCCUUCCUUGUCAAUGGUGUUGCCUUCAAGAAGACAUUUUCGUAUGCUGGAUUUGAGCAGCAACCAAAGAAAUUCCUGAAUCCAAAGAUUCUGUUGUUGAACAUUGAGCUAGAAUUGAAGUCUGAGAAAGAAAAUGCAGAGAUCAGAUUGUCAGACCCUCUGCAGUACCAAUCAAUUGUUGAUGCUGAAUGGAACAUUAUUUACGACAAGUUGGACAAGUGUGUUCAGAGUGGGGCAAAAAUAGUUCUGUCGCGGCUAGCUAUUGGUGAUCUUGCAACACAGUAUUUUGCAGACCGAGACAUUUUCUGCGCUGGUCGUGUCACAGAAGAGGAUUUGCAACGCGUAAGCUCUGCUUCAGGCGGAACUGUUCAGACCUCUGUUAACAAUGUCAUUGAUGAGGUCCUUGGCACAUGUGAGGUUUUUGAGGAAAAACAAGUAGGCAAUGAAAGGUUCAACAUAUUUAGUGGCUGCCCAUCUGGUCAGACUGCAACUAUUGUUCUACGUGGUGGUGCUGACCAGUUCAUAGAGGAAGCUGAACGAAGUCUUCAUGAUGCCAUCAUGAUUGUGAGGAGAGCUGUUAAGAACUCAACAGUUGUGCCUGGUGGUGGUGCCAUUGAUAUGGAGAUAAGCAAGUAUCUCCGACAGCAUGCACGGACAAUAGCUGGAAAGUCUCAGUUCUUUGUGAAUUCAUUUGCUAAAGCUCUCGAGGUUAUUCCAAGGCAACUUUGUGAUAAUGCUGGAUUUGACGCAACUGAUGUGCUCAAUAAGCUUAGGCAGAAGCAUGCAUCUGGUGAUGGUGCUAAUUAUGGUGUUGAUAUCAACACUGGUGGAAUUGCGGAUUCUUUCGCUAAUUUUGUGUGGGAACCUGCUGUUGUUAAGAUUAAUGCGAUUAAUGCUGCGACAGAAGCUGCCUGCCUUAUUCUGAGUGUUGACGAAACAGUGAAAAACCCAAAGUCGGAGAGUGCACAAGGUGAUGCCGCUGCGAUGGGUGGGCGUGGUGGUGGUGGAAUGCGAGGACGAGGUGGUAGGGGCAUGCGCAGGCGGUGAUUCUAGUCAAGUGUGUCCUGUAAUGUUGUUCUGCCAUGCCGGGUCAGGUUUUGAGUUCCCUUUGUAUGGGCCAUCGGUCCUCAUUACCUGCAUCCAGGUUUUGUGGAAUUUGUAUGUCUAGUGCGAGAAUUUCUAGUGUUGAAAAUGUGCUAUCUUUUUUUUGGGUGUUUUUUUUCUCUCUCUAUGUAGCUUUUACCAGGUUGUGGUAUUAUAGCACGAUCUACCUAUAUUUGCUCUUUCUUGGCGAUCGGUCUUUUCAAACAGGUUCUCUUAUUGAUGUGAUGUGCGGACA